CAUAUUCGAACACCCACAUCUGAAACUCAAAUAUAUAUAUCAGUCCUACAUAUUCUCAAGUGGCAAAUUAUCACAACCUAAUUACCUCCUCUUAGCGAGACCACCCACUCUUCUACCCAUGUUAUCGCAUCAGCCUGCUGACGCUGUGACAGAUAAACCAGUGUCGGCCCAUCAUGAUUCGCAUGAGACUGGCAAGGAUGGAACUCUCUGGAUACCAGAGAAUCCUGGCCUGCGCACUGGGAGAGUGAAGUCUAACAAUGUGUUGACAGAAGGAGCCGGCCCAACCGCACAUGCACGCCGCAACAUAGACGACCCUCUGAGCGCAUUUAUGUGUCUGAUGGACCCUGUGAUGCUGAUGCACAUCUGUGACUGCACGGUGGCAGAGGCGCGCCGGCGUGGAGAGGAAGGAUGGAAGUUGAGCUUGGCUGAGCUGAAGGCGUUCAUUGCACUUCUUUUAGCGCGGGGCGUGCACAACGAGAGAAUUGUGGAAGACUUGUGGUCUCAAGAAUGGGGUCUUCCCUUCUUUAGCACAACUAUGGCAAGGCACCGAUACAGAGAUAUAAUGCGCUUCCUGCGUUUUGAUAAGAAAGACACCAGGCGCAGUCGUCUUGGAAAUGACAAGUUUGCCCUUGUAAGUGAGGUGUGGGACAGGCUUGUCCAAAACAGCAUCGCGUGCUAUAAACCAGGGUCCGAAAUAACUGCAGGUGAGCAGUUGCUCCCCACAAAGGCAGGGUGCCCCUUUACUCAGUAUAUGCCCAACAAACCAGACAAAUUUGGUAUUAAGUUCUGGCUCGCUGUUGAUGUGGAGUCAAAAUACAUGUUAAAUGGCUUUCCCUAUCUCGGGAAGGAUCCGUCCCCUUCUGCAACCCAGAGCCAGGGGGAGAGUGUUGUACUGGAGCUGAUGGAGCCGUUUUUGGGGAAUGGGAGGAAUGUGACGACUGAACACUUUUUCACCUCACUCCCCCUGGCCCACAAACUCCUGGCAAAAAAUACAAGCUUGGUGGGCAUCACUAAUAAAAAUAACAAAUCACUGCCUCCUUCUGCACACCAACGAGCAGCACUGUUCACCACCAAAGUGAUGAAAAGUGACAAAGCAACGCUCACCAUCUACCAGGAGAAAAGUAAGAAGAACGUGUGCAUCCUCAGCACAAUGCACAGAUCAGUGGAGAUUUGCAAUGACACGAAAAAAAAGCCAGAGACAGUCAACUAUUAUAACAGAACGAAGGUGGGAGUUGACAUGCUGGACAAAAUGUUGAGACAGUACUCUGCUCGAGCCACAACCAGAAGAUGGCCAGUCGCUGUUUUCUAUAACAUACUGGACAUUGCAGCAAUGAACGCGUGCGUCCUGUACCGGGGCUGCACCGGUUCAAACCCGUCCCGGCCAGUGUUUAUCCUGGAGCUGUGUAAGCUGCUGCGCAAUGAGCACAUCAGCAUGCCCAAAGUAGGCAUUUUGCCACCAUUCCCCGAAAAGAGAAGGAAUUGCGGUGUAAAGCGCAACUGCAGAGAGAACAAAACCACCAAAACAUGCAUGGUGUGCCAACGUGGUGUGUGUGGACAGUGCAAGGGAAUAGUGAACGUUGUGUGUGCUGAUUGUGUGUGUGGCUACAGCACAAUCACAUUUAUUUAAGAAAAUGCCUGUCAGUGGUGGCAUUAUUCCUUAAUUGUGUCACUAAUCAUCUCAUUUGAAUAACCGACUAUAACGUUUGUGUCGUUUCUGUUGCAGUUUACAUAAAAUGUCAAAUGGGCUGCCUGUAAAAUGUCUUGAGGGAUAGCAAGCACCCUGCUUACUCAAAACAUGUUAUUUUCCAAAAUGCAUUUAAUGUUAAAGGUGGGAUAGGUCAUUUUGGAGAAACCAGCUCGAGUGCGCUAGAAUUUGAAAAUACACAGCCGGAAAAAAUCUUCCACUUCCUUACAGAGCCCCUCCUCCAAAGCACACGAACGCGCACAUGACCAAUGAGGGCACGAGAUAAGUUUGUGCACAGAUGGAAGGCUGACAGGCAGGUAGGCCAUCCAGUUACUUUAGCCGGGCCGGCUAAAAUGAUUGGUCGUGCUUUUUACAGCGCUACGGCUUCCACAGAUGACAUUUUUUUGUAUGGAUUUAUUGUCAAAGCAUUUAAUAUAUUCAUUGCUAUCGGGAUGUUAAGAGCAUUCCAUGGAAUAUAAGAAAAAGUCUAUCUCGAGCCGGUUUCUCAAACUUACCUACCCCACCUUUAAUAAAUGUUUUUUUUAAUUAAAAUGUAAUGGUUUAUAAAAUGUUAAUAUGUGGUAUUUCCUUUUUGUUUGACCGUUGUAAUAUUUUGAGUAACUUCCAAAUGAAUUUUAAAAUGCGUCGAUCUGCACUGAGAUAAAACAAUUGUAAAAUGAUUAACACCCUAUAAACUAAAGUUUCAACAA